AUUUUACCCAAAAUAUCCUCCAUAAUUACAAAGUUGCCACUCCUCUAGUGCAUUCCUCUCUCUCUCUCCCUCUCCUCUCUCUCCCCUCCACCAGAAAACCUGCGUAAGUGCGCGUAGGAAAGUUCCAACCAACUCCGCGCAUGGUUGGAAGCCGAGUACGAGACUCGUUUCUUCCUCUAACUCGUGUCAUCUUAACUCGCUUCCCUUUCAAUCUCCUUCCUUCGCCAGUUCACCGCAGGUCAGUUGGUUGUCUUACCAUUUCGUCCUCCUUGUUUUGUCUGCACUUCGGAUCCUAACGCAGAGGACCCGAAUAGGUCUGUAUCUCUUCCGCCAUGUGCAAUUACGAAACGCUUCUCCUCUUCGCGUUUCUGUUCAAUUUAUUCAUCUUCUUGUCAUGUGCCGAUCCGGCCCAUGAGUGCUCCAAUAAGAGCUCCUUGAUCGGGUUCGAAUCUGAGGUCACUAUGCUCCAACACCAAUUGCGAGGUCGUUUUACGGUAAUCGACGAUUGCUCGUUUAGGGUUUCCGGGUUCGAUAUGUUACCCGGAUCAGAUGUUCACUGGUGGGGCGCGGUUGCAUCUGAUUUCGCGAACCUCACCGGCGGCUUCAUUAUCUCCGAACACAAACUCAAUGGAACCUACAAAAAUGCAUCGUUUACCGUGCCUCUGAUGAAGAACAUAACUUGGGACCGGAUCCGGGUUCUCUCCGUCUGGGAUAAACCUACUGCAUCAGAUUUCGGACAUAUUUUGCUGCCAAACAGUUCGGGUUCGGGUAUUGGCCAAAGUCCGGAUUCGGCGCCAUCACCUUCCAGCGGCGAAGCGGUUUCUGGAAAAGAAAAUAGGUCUCGGGUUUUGGCGCCUACGAUGUUUGAGAACUGUAUGGUACUUUCUGAAAAAUAUAGGCUUAGGUGGACUUUGAAUUUAGAGGAUGAUUCUAUUGACAUUGGCUUAGAGGCCGCCACUGCAUUCCAGAAUUACUUGGCGUUCGGGUGGGCAAACCCUAAUUCCUCUUUCGAGCUAAUGCUUGGUGCCGAUGUGGCGGUGACGGGUUUUACAGAGGAGGGUCUGCCAUUUGCUGAUGAUUUUUACAUAACAAAGUACAGUGAGUGUAUUGUGAAGAACAAUGGUUCUGCUUUAGGGGUUUGUCCUGAUGUUCUAUAUCAAGGAUCUAACCAGGCCAGUUCAGUGAAUAAUACGAAAUUGAUUUAUGGGCACAGGAAAGAUGGGGUAUCCUUUAUUAGGUAUAGAAGGUCAUUGAAUUCUGUUCAUGAGAAAUAUGAUUUGCCUGUGAACCAUACCGAGAAUAUGACGGUCAUUUGGGCCUUGGGGUUGAUAAGGCCACCAGACAGUAUUAGACCUUACUAUCUUCCCCAGAAUCAUGGUGGUUUAGAAUCUGAGACUUUUGGGCAUUUGGUGCUUAAUGUUUCAGAGCAUGUGGAUGACUGUUUAGGGCCUCUGGAUGCGGAGGAUAAGGAGGAUCAAGAUUUAAUAAUUGCUGAUGCCAAGGUACCUCUUGUCGUGACUACAGCUCCGGCAUUACAUUAUCUGAAUCCUCCAAAUCCUUCAAAAGUGUUGUAUAUUAAUAAAAAGGAAGCCCCUGUUUUGAGAGUGGAAAGAGGGGUGCCAGUGAAGUUCUCAGUACAGGCAGGGCAUGAUGUCGCCUUUUAUAUUACCUCUGAUUUUCUCGGUGGAAAUGCCACCUUGCGUAACAAGACUGAGACCAUAUAUGCAGGAGGGCCAGAAGCCCAUGGAGUUCUAGCAAGUCCAAUGGAAUUGGUUUGGGCACCUGACAGGAAUACUCCUGAUCAAGUUUAUUAUCAAUCUGUGUAUGAGCAGAAAAUGGGUUGGAGAGUUGAGGUUGUUGAUGGGGGUCUUUCCGAUAUGUACAAUAACAGUGUUGUCUUGGACGAUCAGCAAGUUAAAUUCUUUUGGACCUUAUCUGAGGAUUCACUAUCUAUUGCAGCUCGUGGUGAGAAGAAAAGUGGUUACCUUGCAAUAGGGUUUGGUAAUGGAAUGGUGAAUAGCUAUGCUUAUGUUGGCUGGAUUGACAGUAAUGGAACAGACGGGUCAGUACAUACUGGAUUGAUGGACAAGAUGCAUCCGCGAUCCAUCCAACAAAUGAAAAUUUGACUUAUGUGAGGUGCAAGUCUGAAAA